GCCUCGGUUCUGUGUCCCAGAAGCAAUGGCCGAAGAGAUGGAACUCAGCAAUAGGACCCUUCCUAGGGAAGGAAAUGAGACCUCUGUGAUGAUCAAUAUGGGAUCUGCAGGGACUCACAAUGCUAAGAAGUCCUUUCUUUUGCGCACACACAAACUACGCAACCUGGCUAUUGCUAGCAUCGUCUGUGGUUGUUCCUGCAUUGGAAUUCUGGCCCUGAUCUAUGCAUUCAAGGCUAGGGAGUACCAAAGAGCAAAUUCCCACAACUCAGCAGCCUACUGGUAUCGGAAGUCCCUGCGGAUGUCUUGGCUAAGUAUCGGUGUCUGGGUCUCCCUCCUCAUCCUGGUGCCCCUGUUAACCAUCCUCGUUUCCUACAUCUUCUCUCAAGCCGAAUGAUGCUCGUCGUGAACAUAGGCCAGAACCAUGUCUUCUGCAUGGCUUUCCCAGAUGGACUUAUUCUAAGCUGGCAUCAAGCAACUCAUUGCUUGCCCCCUGUCAAGGUGCCCUGGUAUGUGGCCUCUGUCCUGGAGGAGAUUGGAGAAGUGAGAGUGUGGAAACAGUACGACUUACAGUACCUUCCUGGGCUACACCGUCUCAGAAAGACUUCUUCAGGGCUGAGGAGGUGGGGCUACUGACAAAGCACUGGAUUCUCUGUUUAUGGAAGAUCAAGCCUGUAGAUAGUGCUAGACAGAAUGUUAUAAAUCUUGUUUGGUUUCCGCAAGAGGACUUGGCAUACUUGAAUUAUGCCUGUGGCACAGAUGCCCAAUACAUCUGGAUUUAGACUUCUCUGAUGCCUGUAUGUACAUGGAGGAGCCAAGUUCAAGAGACUGAAGCUGCAUCAUUCCACUGCUGUGCUGUUUUCCUUUGAUCAGAAGUCGUAUUCUUGUUGCUGCCGUGUUUGCGUGUUCUUUGACCGCUUGUUCCACGAGCCCCUUUGGACCACAUGCCCAGAGCAUUCAACAUGGAUCUUGGAGACUUCACUUCAAAUCCCUGGUUGGCUUAUAGCCAACGUGUCCAAGGGAUCCUUGGACACGUCUGAGUCUCAGUUCUUCACUUAUAAAAACGAGAGACUGCAAGCUGAAGGACUCUUUCUAGGGAGUGAGCCUGAUUGAAUAACAUGGAGCUUCUGAGCUGAGACUUGUCUUGCAUUGCUCCCAGCAAGGCUGAUGGGAGAGUGCAUGAAAUAAAGGUUGUAAAACCA